AUGAUUCGGACUACUAUUAAUUCGGCUGCCACAAAAGGUGAACUGGUGUUUUUGUGGCUGUUUGUGUUUUUGUUUUGCGUUGAUCAGAAUAAAAAAGAAGAGUGUGCCAAGCAGACAAAUGGAAUGCAUUACGGUCGAAGCGCCGCGGUCAUCCAGUUGAACAUAUUCGACGCCGACUAUAUCUGUUGCAUUUUUACACACGAUAGCGUUUCAACUGUUCAUAUUUAUUCAUUAUAA